CUUAUACAUCUCUAUGCCGUUGUUGUGCAAUAUCUAAGGCGUGUUCCUUUUAAAAAGCUGAAGGUAUUUAGACAGUAAGGAAGCAUUUCUAAAAAUCUCGGUAAACCAUUGCAAUAAGUAUGCCAGUUUAUAUUAUCACCAUAGGUUCUUGUGUCGAACGGUGCUAAAUGAACCAUGGUGCAUGCAUGGAAGUAUUCGGGGCGGAGAAGUCUCAGGCCUCUGCUAUGGAAGUCCUGGAGAAACGUCAGCUUGAUUGCAGAGUCUGUGGACGCCAGCACACGAUUAACUUGUGUUGCUGUGGCCACCCAGCGCCAUGCACGGUCCUGUACCCACAAUUUUGUGUUCAGGCGCUUUGUGGCUUCGAUGGAUCUAGCUGUGGAGUUAAGUAUGCGUCCUUCGCAGCCUUCGCACCGGCAGUGUUGGAUACGGAUGCCGCGCGCCCCGCCUUCCUGCAACAACUAGCCGAGCGUCGGCGCCGUGUUAUCGGUGGGAUGUCGUGCCCUGGACUGCGCGACGAAUGUUACGCCUGCCUAUACGGCUGUUCCCAGGCGGGUGUGUUGGGGCCGCGGGACAUUGAGGCCGCCAUCAUGGACACGGGCGGCGAUGCAGGGCGCGCGCUAGCCUGGUACCCCGGGUUGUUGAUGGCAUGGUGGUUUGCUAAGGCGGAUACAUUCUUCCGGGAGAAUCAGCUUCCAGCAUACUACGGCGAAAUCGACUCCAUCCGGUCCGUUGUCUGCAGUUUCUCCUCCGCAGCUGUAUGGCCGUGUGCCGCGUGUCUGGCCCUCAACAGAAAUCACCAAUUGAAGCGUUCAGCCGACGCUGCUUCACUGCGAGUCGCUGCGACACAGCGAGUCGCGACAGACCCAAGUGUCAUUGUCCCCUUCCGUUCUGCCGAGGGACUUGAGCGUGCGGGACACGUUGAGCUCUUUGAGCGGCUCAAGGUGGUCACAUCCGCAUUGAUCGCCGAGCGGGCAGAUCGAAUAGUGCUGGACAGGGAGAUUAAGCGGCGGACAUCCCUUUUCCAGGCUGAUAGAGUGAGGCUACAGGCAUACGCUCGGGCAGAUGCAUCACGCAGUGAACCCGUCCGACUGCUCGAAACAUCACAACAACGAGGUAUGAUGCAGUGUCGGCAUGCGCGCCAGCUCAUCAACCCCCGGAAGAUGAUGAUGAUCGGGCCAUACCUCAUCAGCUUCCCUGCACUGCGCGCGCUGAGCAAGCGCAUGCCCCAUGUCAACAUCUCGUCCCAGGAUCUCAACUACAAGGACAAACAGAACCAGCGCGCCACUCUCAAGUAG